AAGGAAUUUAACUGCAAGACUUUAGGUGAAUAUCAUGAUAUAUAUCUUAAAACCGAUGUGCUUAGUCUUGCUGAUGUCUGGACACAGUUGCAAAAAAUGUCUAUGGAAUAUGAUGGACUCGAUCCUAGCCAUUAUGUUUCACUUCCAGCAUAUUCUUGGGAUGCUAUGCUUAAGAUGAUAGGAGUUAAAAUCGAGCUCUUUACAGAUAUAGCUAUGCAUGAUUUUAUAGAAAAGGCUAAGCGUAGAGCAGAUACAAAAAGAGGAUAUUUUCUAAAUAUUAAGGCGUACUUCCUUUUAAAAACUCAUGACUAUUUGAGUGAUUUACCUCCAGCUGUAGAAAACAUGGCUGUAAAUAAAAAUAUGUUGUGUCCCCAUACUACAGAGCUUGUAGAUAACUUGGAUAGUGGAUGUUUCUCUGCUACAGAAAAAUUAGUACCCCAUCUUGGUUCACAAGAAGAUUAUGUUAUUCACUACCAAGAGCUUCAAUACUAUAUAAAAUUAGGUAUAAUAGUAGAUAAAGUUACAGAGAUCUUAUCAUUCGAUCAGGAUAAUUGGCUUGCCUCCUAUAUAGCUUUUAAUACAAAAAAAUAUAAUGAGGCCAAAAAAGCUGGAAAUACAUUUUUAAGUGACUUUUUCAAACUCAAAAAUAAUGCUGUAUAUGGUAAAACUAUGGAAAAUGUUCAACGACCUGAUCUCUUUAACCUUAAUGGUGAUACAACUAUUGGUAAAUUUAAGGAUGAAACUCCAGACAGUGUAAUUACAGAAUCUUAUCAUAUUCGAGGCAAAGCUUAUCACUAUAUUUUGGCAAAUAAGUCUACAACAUCUAAACAUAAAGGAGUUAGCAAAAAGGGUAUGAGUGAAAUGGCUAUGAACUCUUAUAUGCCAGCUUUAGAAGGGUCCUUGCUAGAUGAUCCGAUAGAUAGAUCAUUAUUAUCAGAGCAAGAAGCUAUGCGAACUGAGGCAGAUCCUAUGACCCUAGUAUAUCGAGACUGUCUUUUUGGUAAUGAAGUAUUCCAUGCUAAAAAUAUAGGUAUCCGAUCAAAAGACCAUAUAUUAUCUUUGGUCGAAUCAGAAAAGAAAGCUCUUUGCCCUAUAGAUACUAAGCGUUGGAUAUUAUCUGAUAAAAUAACUAGUUUGCCAUAUGGUCAUUGGCGUAUACAAGCAUAUAAAAAUUUUGUAUCAAAUGGAAUAUCUCCAGAGUUGGCUGAACAAAGAGCUUUAAGC